ACCUACAUAUCAUCUGCUCUCGCACUUCUACUCUACAUGUACACUGAGUUUGCUCAUUCCAUCACAUAUACAUAGACGUUCGGACAUACAAGACCAUGGAUACUAUCAAGAACAUCGCAGCCAAGCUGUCGGGACAAGAAACCGCCCUGCCCAAGGGAUCUCUCAUCCUCGUGACUGGAGCCAAUGGAUUCAUCGGCGGACACGUGUGCAACGAAGCUCUCCUAGCCGGCUACCGCGUCCGCGGCACCGCUCGAAACGAAGAAAAAGCCUCAACCUCCAAGCAAGUCUUCAAGAACAACCCCAACUCCGCCAAUUACAAAACGGCCGUAGUCGCAGACUUUGCCAACGAAGGAGUCUUCGACGAAGCCGUCAAGGGCUGUGAUGCAGUCAUUCACGUCGCCAGCGACACCACGUUCGGCACGGACCCGAAUAAAGUCGUCAAAUCGACGGUCGCGGGCGUUAAUUCUAUCCUUCGGUCUGCGGCGAAGGAAAAGUCUGUGAAGCGGUUUGUGCUCACGAGUUCGUCUACUGCUGCUCUGUUGCCACAUCCCGGGAAGGAGGUCACGAUCUCGAAGGACGACUGGGACCAAGAAGCGUUGGACAUCGCUUGGUCGCCACCGCCGUACGAGGAUGAUCGUGCGUUCCCGGUGUACGCUGCUUCGAAAGUAGAAGGCGAGAAAGCUCUCUGGCGAUUUAUGGAGGAAGAGAAACCCGGCUUCGUCGCCAACGCUGUGCUACCAAACUACAACAUGGGCCGCGUGCUCGGAUCAGCCGGAGCGACGGGCAGUGGAGUUCCCGAUCUCUUCAAGGGCAAGACGCCAGCUGCUGUUCCGCAGUACAUGAUCGAUGUGAUUGACGACGCUCGCAUUCAUGUCAUUGCCGCGGUGUUGGACUCUUCGCUCAAGAAUGAGAGAAUUUUCGCGUUCAAUGUGCCGUUCAAUUGGACGGACAUUACGGCCAUAUUGCGGGAGUUGUAUCCUGAUGCCACGACGAUUGCAGAACCGCCGAAGGAUGAAGGGAGGGAUCUGAGUAAGAUUCCAAAUGAGCUUGGGGCGGAGCUGUUGAGGAAGUGGUAUGGACAGGACGGGUAUAAAAGUUUGAAGCAGUCGGUGGCUGAGAAUAUGGAGGGUCAGACUUAGAGGUGGUGCUAUGUCAGAUCUCUGAACCGAGAUAGCGAGGGCUGCAAUCUUCGAAUUGUCGCCGUCCCUUAGCCUCCUGCGUUGGGUUACAGUCUUCUGUAAACCAGACUCACUCCUCCAUAGCACUGUCAUACGCCAAAUCU